UUUAGGUAACCAAAUGAUAGAGCAUAGUUCUCUCUGCAGCUUAUUUAUUGAACACAGAGUGGUCCUGUGAGAUGUUUUCCAUAAUUUGGGGGUCUGCACUAUUUCUUCACAAUAUUCAGUCAUCAUAUGAGCAAUAAAAAUGUAUAGUCUGUUGUUUCAACUUUCUGGUUCCUUCCUUAUCUUUUUUUAUGAGGUCAAGAAUUGAAGAUAAUGGGCACAUUCAAUGCCAGCUCAGGUGGCGACUUCAUCUUGCUGGGCUUUUCUGAUCAACCCCAAUUGGAACCCAUCAUCUCUGUGGCUGUCUUGCUCUUCUAUCUCAUGACCGUUCUAAGUAACACAGCAAUUAUUCUGGUGUUUUCACUGGACAGCCGACUUCACACGCCCAUGUACUUCUUCCUUACCAACCUCUCGUUUUUGGACAUCUGUUAUACAACCAGUGUUGUCCCCCAAAUGUUGGUAAAUCUGUGGGGGCCAAACAAAUUGAUUACGUAUGCAGGUUGUUUUCUACAGUUCUUCUUUGCCUUCGACUUUGGUGCAAUAGAAUGCCUUUUAUUGGCUGUCAUGGCCUAUGACUGCUAUGCAGCAGUCUGCCAACCCCUGCACUACAUGGUUAUCAUGCACCCUCAGUUUUGUAAAAAGAUGGUAGCAGCAUCAUGGUUGACUGGCCUGGGUGGUGCUCCAGGGGUGAGUUCCUUUACUUUUACACUGCCACGAUGUGGCCACCACACAAUAGAUGAUUUCUUUUGUGAGAUCCCUGCCUUUCUUAAGAUAAUUUGUGAGUACACCAAAAUAAUAGAUGCUUUCAUUUACAUACUUGGAGUACUUUACCUUCUUCUGCCUCUAUUUGUCAUCCUCAUCUCAUAUGCAGUCAUCACUCAAGCCGUGACUAAGAUCAAGUCAGGUAGAGGAUGGAAGAAGGUGCUUAAUACCUGUAGCUCUCACCUCACUGUGGUCAGCCUCUUUUAUGGCAGUGCCAUUUACAUGUACUUGCAACCAAAGAAAAGUUUCUCUUACAAUGUGGAUAAAUUUAUUAGCCUUUUCUACACUAUUAUCACCCCAAGUCUUAACCCCUUAAUAUACACUCUGAGAAAUAAAGAUAUCAAAGUGGCAUUAAAGUGUCUUUUUAUAAGAAUUCAGGGUUCAGAACAAAUGUCAAUUGAAUAGGAAGAUUAAUAGUAAUAAUACAAGAACCCAUUGCCAUCAAGUUAGUUCCAA